CAUAGCAACGUCAGCCAUACUGCUUCCGUGUAAACAAUCCUAAAUGCUUGCUGUAUCGCCUCCACUUUUUUAGAGAGAGCGUGAAUUUAACAUACCUUUUCAAUCAUCGCACUGCUUUUAAUAUGAGUUUACUUAAUCAAGGUCGGAAUGAGAUAAGGUUCAACAACUCUGGAGGAAAAUGUUUGCUAGAGAACUGGGUCGAAGAGAGAGCUGUGAAGGAGAUAGAACCUGCCAAUGAUAGCAACAAUGUUGCCAGUGCUCAGAUGUUUAAAGAUGGACAUCAAGGAAUUUUAUCAACAGCUUUCAACGCUAAACCUGAGAAACUGACAACAUUUACAGAUGCAUAUAGGGAACCUGUUAGGCCUGAUGUCAGACAGAUAGGAAGAAAAGCUGAAUUAAUGCAGCAGAUGUUGUUUGAGAAAGUCAGUCAAGAAGUACACGAUGAGUUCAACGAACCACCCCCUGAGGCUGACUUCAGAUCUGUCACAAUGGCUGACUUCAACAAGCCUGAUUUUGUGUCCAUUAAACCCAAACCGUCAGCUAAUCAUGAUUACCGGACAGAUCAGCCAGUCAGCUUCUGGUCUGAACACAGAGAUAGAGCAACAGGUGUGACACAGAAGAAGACUAGGGACACAGUGUUUCGCAAGAAUGAUGGCUUCAGUAAACCAAUCAGUGAAUACUGGGAUGAGCCGCAGCCAUAUGAGCUGGAAAACUAUCCCAAAAUGUGAACAUUUUAACUUUGUGAUAUUCUUCAGUCAUUGGGUAAACACAGAUUGUAAAAUUUCGUAAAAUCCACUUCACAGCAGGAAUGUGGAGGGGUACUUGAACUUCUCAUUUGUUGUAAGAUUUACUGUAAUAAUAAUAUCUAGAGAAUAGGAAACUUAUCUACAUCUGUCAUGUUUCAUAUUUUAUUGUUUGAAAUCUGAAUAUAUUUAGAUCAAAACUCCUGUCUUAAAUUGGUAUCAGUGGAUCUAUUUUAACUUUAUCCAUUUUGUGAAGAUGUGGUGUGCAUGUCUGUCACUGGACUGAUCUUGUCCAUACUUUGUACAUUGUCAUUUACUAAUAAAUGUUCUUGUAAAUACAGAAAA